GGCGCCCCGUUGGAGGGUGGCGGCGGCAGGGGAGGCGGCGGCGGGGGCGGGGACGGCGCGGGUGGCGGCGAAGGCCCCACAACGCCCGGUUGCGCUUCCACUGGCGCUUGGGCGGGCGGCGGCGGUGGCGGGGGUUGCGCCGGCGGCGGGGCGGGUGCCAGCCGCAGCGCUAUGGGCGCCAAGACCUCCACGAUGGCCGUAUCUGUCCCACUGAGGGGCGUGGUAGCGUUGUCGGUGACCGUCAGCCGAACCUCCCACUUGCCCACCGGCACCUGCAGCCUGGCCGUCGGCCCCUGCGCCUGGAGCCGCGCGGAGGUGGGGGGGUCGACCUGCCGCAGCUCCCACUCGUAG